GUAGGGCGCCGGCGACCGCCGCCUCGGGGGCCGCGCCUCCUUCGCCUCCGUCCGACGCCCGCUGCUCCGCGUCCGCACCGACCGCGCCGGGCGCAGGCGCAGACCCCCGACCCGAAGCUGAUGCUCCCGGGCUGUCGCGGCGACCCCGCCCCCGGGCCCAGGAUGUGAGGCCGGCCCGGUGUCCCCGCGGCGGGCCGGGGCGGCGAGGGGCCCGCGGGCGCCAUGGAGGGCGUGCUGUACAAGUGGACCAACUACCUGAGCGGUUGGCAGCCUCGAUGGUUCCUUCUCUGUGGGGGAAUACUAUCCUAUUACGAUUCUCCUGAAGAUGCCUGGAAGGGUUGCAAAGGGAGCAUACAGAUGGCAGUCUGUGAGAUUCAAGUUCAUUCUGUGGAUAACACUCGCAUGGACCUGAUCAUCCCUGGGGAACAGUAUUUCUACUUAAAAGCCAGAAGUGUAGCAGAGAGACAGCGGUGGCUAGUGGCCCUGGGGUCUGCCAAGGCCUGCCUGACAGAUAGUAGGACCCAGAAGGAAAAAGAAUUUGCAGAAAACACUGAAAACUUGAAAACCAAAAUGUCGGAACUAAGGUUGUACUGUGACCUCCUUGUUCAGCAAGUAGAUAAAACAAAAGAAAUGGCCACAGCUGGUAUUGCUGACUCCGAGGAGGGAAUCGAUGUGGGGACUCUGCUGAAAUCAACCUGCAACACUUUCCUGAAGACCUUAGAGGAGUGCAUGCAGAUUGCAAAUGCAGCCUUCACCUCUGAGCUGCUCUACCAUACACCCCCAGGCUCCCCUCAGCUAGCGGUGCUUAAGGCCAACAAGAUGAAACAUCCUGUCAUACCAAUUCAUAAUUCAUUGGAAAGGUAUAGUAACUCUCGUUUCUCUUCUUCUUCUUAA